CGCUGCAUGCGUCAUCUCCUCCAGCAAUCGCCACUCUCCGCCCUUCACUUUAGCUCGCUUUUCAUCUCACGCGAUUAGAAUAUUAUUUUUACUCCUGGCACACCGAUACGGUGUCCUGUUGCGCGCCUAUCUCGUGGCGAUAUCACGGGCGCCUGCUCUCUAUAUAAGCGGCGCGGAGAGGGGAGGGAAGAGAGAGAGAAUCCAGAUAGGCUGACGGCUGGACGCUCAUUCAUUCAGCUGCUUGCUCCUGCGCUGAUCCAUUCUGUGAUUCAUUCGUGCAGCUAAGAACGUUCACCGAUUCACUCAGUCGUUCUCUGCUUGAUUUGCCCCGUACCGUAUACUAGCUCAAACAGCCUCUCCAGCUUGGCAAGAGCCGUGUUUCCGUUAGGUUAUAGGGCACACCGAAGAACGCAAAUUUCCGCACUCGCUCAAUCAGUCCUUCAUUCAUUCAUAACACCUGUGAACACGGAGGAUUGGGUUUAACGCUCAUCUUUUCAGGUUUCGCAUUAAGAACAUUCAUUCUCUCUCACGAAUUGUAACUUACUCCUGGAGGGAGUGAUCAGCUAAUUAGGUCGUUUACAAUUAGCUUCGAUAUUUGCAUCAAUUAUACGAUCAAUCUGUCCAGCUUUCUACAACCGGAGAACACAACGCAGCUCCACAAUUUGGUUCGUUGACGCGAAGUUUUGCCCGUCUCUAAAGUGCCAAACCAUUUUGCAUGCAUCGAUCGAUUUGCGUGCGUUUUUAAUUGAUCGUUAUGAGCCCACCGAUGAGUUCCGUCAAUUCGUUUACUUCCGACGUAUAUUUCAAUUAACACGUCCACACGCGCGCGCAGUCAGCCCGCUGGCAAUCGCACCAACGGGAGUGAGUGCACCACGCUUCAAAUUUAUAAUCCACCGAUCAAUUCGCUCGAUCUCUCAAAAUCCUUCUGGGCGAUUUCGCCUUCGCUCCAAAAAAUGUUCCUGGACCGAGUCCUCUGCUGCAACACGCUGGGCCGCCUUUUCUCCCUCCUGCCGCCCUGUGACGCCUCUUCUCGCAAGGAGCUCGGCACCGGCGGGUCUAGUCAACGUUGGUGCGGAGGCGAGACCCUCCGCGGGUCACCAUGGAGGUGUCAGCAGCAGCAGCAGCAGCGGCAGCCGAACGGUGUCUGCAGCUCUGGCCCCGUGAGCAGUGGAUCCCACUACUCCUCGGCGCCCCAGAGUGACGCGGAUACAACGGGAGCCCUCGCCAGGACCUUGGCUAUGAUUGAGGCCAAUGAAGUGAAGGGAGUUCGCCUGCGCUGGCGAGGUUCGGAGCCGCUCAUCGAGUUCUGCCUGGAUUUUCAAGGGGAGGACUCCGAGGCUGCGGCGGUGCCUGCAGGAGUCGAGGGAGCCCCCGGCGGCGGCCAGGAGGCCCGGGCGAUCGAGGGAGCGGAAGAGUCGUGUGGAGCCCUCAAUCCGGUCGUGCCAUUCCCGACGCACAUUUUCCACCUGGAGGAGGUGUUCGCUGCGGUGCGGUGGGACGACGUCUCAUCUUCGGAAGAUUUUUGCUCCGAACUUGAUGAAAGCAGGAGGGCGUACUUCUCUGAGCUCGCUCUUCAAUACAAAUUCCGCGAGCCGGCGCCCGUGCUGCAGUACUCGGCACGGGAGAGCGCCGCGUGGCGGAGCGCCCUGGAGGCGGCCGUGCGGGGUGCCCCCGGGGCAGAGCCGGAGUUCCGCGCGGCCCUGGAGGAGCUCACGGUCACCGCCUACAGCGCGAGCGCGAUUCCGCAGGCGAGCCACGUGUCACAGCUGCUGCACGGUCACACUGGCUUCUCUCUGUGGCCCGUGCCGGGCACUCCGCCCGCCCGCGUCCUCCUCUCGGCCCUCGCCUUCCGCGUGUUGCCCUGCUCCCUCCACGCGUGCCCCGGCAGCGUCGCGCACCCAGCGCACCGCACGGACGUGUGCGGACUGCUGCUAGGGCUGGUGCCGCUUCUCACGAUGGGUCCAGUGGCGCGUGCCGUGCAGGACAUGGGACUCGCCUCUCUGGGCUCGUCAAACACCGACGUGCAGCUCCUCGCAGAGAGUUUCUACAGCGUGUGCGAGUUCGCACUCCGCCAGGCGGGCCUACCCGUCUGCUCGGAACCUGGAGACUCCGUGGGCCCUCACGACGUCGCCAUCACAAGCCUGGAAGACGCGCUGUCUCAUGCGAGUUGGCAGGCAGCGGAGUGCACGGCGCGGCGCGGUUGGGCCCUCCGCUACGAGCCGUACUCGCAGGGCGUCCGCACGCUGCGGGACCCGGCGAGUGUGGCCCAGGCUGUCGCCGACCUCCGCGACCGGCUCUACCCAGCCUACACGGCUCUCAACGAGCUCUCCGUGAGCGGGGCCGCGUGAUGCUCCAAGCCUCAACUCGUCCGCCGUAGUGGGAGAAUAUUAAAGAGGUUUUUUUGUUGUUGUUGUUGUUGGCAUUAGAUUCGAUGGGCAAGCCUGAUGAAAAUAGUGUUAUGGCCUGCUAGCCAUCAAUAAAGUACUAGCGGGCUAAGAAAAUGAUUACCUGGGACUAAACGAUGACCAGUAUGAAAUUAAAUCUGUGAUUCCAGAUCGAGUCAGUAUUAGGGUAUGAUGGUAAGGAAUGGUUUCAGGCAUAGACGCGUGCCAAAGGGAUAUGUUUAGAGAAAACGGUAGGGUUAAGGGUAGGUACAGCAUUUAAGUUUGAGUGAUUGCGUGGUUAGAACUGGUGCCUGGGUUUGGUUUCGGAGAGCGUCAAUGCCGUGUUAGCGAUCAGGGUUCAUAAACCAAUGAUAGGCAAGCAGUUUCCACUGUCAACUAAUCGCAAGCGGGCAGCUUCGGUCCCUAUCAUCGAGUUAGAGAGCCGCACCAAGCUCGACUGCUAAACCACCAAACCUACGACUGUGAGCAAGUGCGUGCCACAUAUUUGAAGUGUGAAAAGUAACGGUGAAGCAUUUCAAUGAGCCCGGUCCCAGAGAGAGACAUGCUACUCCCAUCUGCGUUGUAGUACAUAGUUGAACAGUAUGCCAGAGGUAGGCUAAUUCACGUAUAAGUAUUUUAACAACAUGACCUUGAAUCCACGUGUCCAUGUAUUCUAGCAACUAGAUUCUAAAGCUUGGGGCACAAGCUGUUUGAAAUUGCUCACAAUAAUAUGUAAUGUCUGACAUAAUAUUGCCAUUUGCACAACAUUGCUAUUAUCAGAGUGUCUUUGAUGUUAACAUUUCAGUAGAUCAGAUGGUACAUCUUAUUGUUCGUAAAUUAUUAAGGUGGCAUAUGCUGUGUAUUAGUACGCGUUUGUAUAACACUAUAACGAUCAGGCAUCGUCAUUCACAUUGUACGAGCGACUGGAAUAUGAUCCCGACCAGGAAUUAAUUAUCUCAGAUUUCACAAGCACUGUGAGGUUAUAUCAUUUGUAUGGUUUUCAUAAACACACGCCUGAGUCCCAUAUCAAUGAUUCUUAAUCAGUAAGCUUAUCUUAGAUCAAAUCAAGAUUAUCUUAGAUUGAAUAUUAAACGAAUUACUUGGCGAUGCCGCAUUGGAGGGCUAUCGCCAGAAAUGUUGUCCAUUGUAUAUUUUUCCCCGCAUGGCGGUGUGUGUUGAGUUUUAAUUUAUUGAACUGGAAUACCAUAAUAGGGAGGGUUUUUUUGGGGUUAGAUCGCGUAAAUGUAAAUGUGUCGUUAAACUUGGCACCACCCGACACAGCCAAUUAGUAAGGUGUAUCACGUCAACAAAACGUGCUAAUUAUUUAGUGGUACAGCAGCAUACCGGUGUAUUGGAGAGUAAACCCACAACAUUUACAAUUGGAGCACGACGUUGCGCCGGUAAUUACAACAGCCUGCCUCAUUAGGCGACAGCCAAAACAUGGAAUACAAUUUUCAAUGUGUGUCUCAGUAUCCUGCCCUGUGCAUCGUGUGUACACACGCUGUACCCUUUUAAACAUCCCGUUCCAGAUUUUGUUUCCAACGCUUCGUAUGUCAAACUUGAAACAAAAAAAAAUCGUUUAACCCUAAUCUGGUCAUUUCUUUCCGAGCACUGUCGACGUGCAAUUGAAGUAAAAUUUAAACGCCCAGAAUAUUUCCCCGGUUACUUUGUAAAUUCCAGUGCACCGAUGCAUAUGUGAGUAACGUGGACAUUAGUGCUCCUUCAAACUCGCGACGCAACAUUACAUUUGACCUUUGGGUAAAUUUAAAGUGGUUUACGUAACGCAUUGAAAUCCCACCCUGACAACAAUACAUCUCUUGACCUCCCCACAACCUCCUACAUAAUGCACGAUCCUGCCCAGGCACACAAAGCCCUCAACUACCUCCACAUACUCCAAUCCCGUGACACCUGUGAGCUUCAUUUUAGGAGCGUUUACCUCGAGACCCCCACAAUGUCCAGCCCUGGGACUUACAUUUGCCAAGAGCUACAUUGCCUCGGCCAUUGUCAUGGCUGACAAACUCAAAUCAUCUGCGUAUUGUCAAAUAUGUCAAGUGCAAAUAACUCACGGCCAUAAUGUCCGGAGUUUGCUGACUUGCUUGUUCAUGCAUCAACUGGUGACCAAUGCUUUUCCUGCAUCUCAGCAGCCAAUGCCACGCAAUGCUCCUGACGUUAAAAAAAAGUAUUUUACGUUCGUUUUUCCCCCACUUAAGUUUUCUAUAUAAGUAUCUUCCCCUUGAAAUAAACAUUUCUGCCACUA